AUGGGGAAAGUAUCACCAAAGGACUCGGAUUCGAAAAUCUCAGCGAGGAAGAAGAAGUUGAAGAGUUCGACUAACAAAUAUUUAAAGCCAGGGGCUCUGGUUCAGCUAUGUUAUAGCAAAGCGUCUGCUGCUGCUAAGUCAUGCAACGGUGAUUUGGGGAAGAAACGAGUACCUGUGUUUGAUGUUAAGCAUGCAAGGAACAAUCAAAUCACAGUGGAGCAUUUCAAUUCUCCCAAAAGCCCUCUUAUUCAGUCCCCUGUCAACAUUGUUAAGCGGAGCAGUCUGGUGAGGCCGAUGAAGUUUGAUGACUUGCAGGUGGAGAGUAAGAAAAGCCCUCUAAUGUUAUCCCCAAUGGGUAUUGUUAUGCAAAACACGUUGCUGAGGACACCAAAAACUCCCCAGGCUGAUCCUUGCAAUUCAGAAUCUCAGCUUGAAUCUCUUCCCAUGGAUUUACUGGUUAAAAUAGUUUGUCAUCUGCACCAUGACCAGCUGAAGGCAGUUUUCCAUGUUUCUCAAAGAAUAAGAACGGCUACAUUGAUGGCGAGACAAUAUCAUUUCAAUUAUACAACACCAGACCGCUCAAGGCAGGAAAUGUUGAGUGUCAUGACACCAAGGCCAAUAAAUCGUUGGCCAUUUAUUAGCAAAGGAGAUGGAGGAAACCCAACAAUCAUGCCAAGCCCACAUACACCAAAAGCACCAAAACAUGCUCCUCGGCCACCUUGCCGAGCAAAACUGACAGAGAUGAAGCAAAUCUCUGCUGUUCUUUUCCAAGACCAGCCAACAUUCGCUUCAAGAUGCAGCGUUCCUUCUGUUCUCCAAAGAGCGACUCUGUUCAAGCCAAUGGCUCAAAAGCACCCUCGAGUGCUCUUCUACGAGGAGGAACUUUGUCACGCUGUUGCUCAAAACAACCUUCACUGA